AUGAGGUUAACCGUAGAAGCGAACGCAUCUGAUAUAGAAGAGAUUAAAGCUUUUGCGAAUUGGUUGCUCGAGUUGGGGGAGGGAAAAAUUAGUGGCAGUAACAAUUGUGAGGUGGUUAUAGAUAUUCCUGAAGAUUUGUUAAUCAAGUGCUCUGAGGAUCCUAUGUCAGAUCUGAUCGACUUUGUAUAUCCUUCACUUCUCCAAUUGUACAAAGAUAAAGAUUAUUUUGCUGAAAGAGCUAUACUAGCACCAACAAACGAGGUUGUUCAAGAAAUUAAUGAAAGAUUGCUUGCUUUGUUUCCUGGCGAUGAAGUGGAGUAUCUGAGUUCUGAUAGUAUUUGUCAAACUGAUCAACCAAAGAACGAAGGACAUGCGAGACUAUAUUCUCCCGAUGUUCUGAAUGGUCUUACAAUUUCUGGUCUACCUAAUUAUCGAUUAGUCCUUAAAGUUGGUGUACCUGUAAUGUUGCUUCGUAAUAUUGAUCAACAAAAUGGUUUAUGCAAUGGUAUGAGACUAUGGAUUACUAAACUUUAUAAACGUGUUAUAGAGGCUGAGAUUACAUCCGGCGGAAACAUAGGGACCAGAACGUUUAUUCCACGAAUCAGUUUAACACCGUUGGAUAAAAGAAUUCCUAUCAAGUUUCAACGACGACAAUUCCCCUUAAAUAUAUGUUUUGCAAUGACUAUAAAUAAAAGUCAAGGACAGUCUCUAUCAAGGGUUGGAUUGUAUUUGAAAUAUCCAGUUUUCUCACAUGGUCAGCUUUAUGUUGCGUUAUCAAGAGUUAAAAGCAGAGCCGGUGUGAAGUUGAUUAUAGUAGACAAAGAUGGUAAUGUAACGAGUAAAACAACAAAUGUAGUCUACAAGGAAGUUUUUUCCGGCAUAUGA